AUGGACGGUGCGGCAGCUGUGCAGGAGGGCCUGUUGGAGUACAGAUCCGGCAGUGGCAUCUCGGCUUGCCCCGAGGCCCCCCCAAAGCCCCCUGCCUCCCUGGCGUCGCUGGACCAGUGGGAUGAAGCCUAGUGUGCCGGUGUUGAGGUAAACAGAGCUUCAGGUGAAGGAGGAAGCCAAGGGGACACCUGUCCGAAUGGGCCAGCGCCACAGUUCCGAGACCCUGCGCCAUCAGCGGGUCCUGAAGCCUCUGCAGGCUCAACAGAGGCUUCGCUGCCCCUGGAGAAGGAGGAGCAGGUCCGACUUCAGGCCCGGAAACGGUUUGAAGAACAGCUCAAACAGUACCAGGUGAAGUGGCAGCAGGAAAGAUCCAGUCAACCUGUAACUAAAACAAGACUUUUUAGCACACUUGAUCCUGAACUCAUGUUGAACCCAGAAACCUUACCGAGGGCCAGUGCCGUGACUAUGACAAAAGAAUAUUCCUUCCUGCGCACCAGUGUCCCUCGGGGCCCGAAGGUGGGCAGCUUAGGGCUCCUGGCACAUCCUAAGGAGAAAAAAAGUUCCAAAUCAAGCAAAAUUCGGUCUCUGGCUGAUUACAGAACUGAAGAUUCAGACGUUCGGAAUUCUGGUGGAAAUGGUGCGGCCCUGGACUCUGCCAGGGACUCCCUGAAGCAGAACCGUGGCAGCGGGACGUCAGUGGUGUCUGAGCUCAGCCUGUGUCCCGAGGCUGACGACUGCCUGGAGAACGCAUCCCUCACGGGAGACAACGUGUCUGAGGCCGAUGGGACAGAAAGCGACAGCUCCUCCUACAGCAGUGUCUCUGCCCGUGGGACGCCCGGCCUUCAGGUGAACGCUGCGGGCUCGCGCGAGACCCCCUAUGUGGUAGCGGCCAGUGCCCUGGGCCAGUUCCCCUCCAUCUCGGAUGUCCUCCAGGCUGUGGCAGCCGAGCACCAAGAGCAGAGGCAGGAGGUAAAUGGGGAGGUGCGGAGCCAGACCGACAGCAUCUGCAGCAGUGUGUCGGUGGAAAGCUCUGUGGCUGAAACUCAUGAUGAAAUGUUGCAAGUUCUUAAAGAAAAAAUGAGACUCGAAGGACAGCUGGAAGCUUUAUCAUUAGAGGCUAGUCAGGCACUUAAAGAAAAGGCAGAGCUGCAGGUGCAGCUGGCCGCCCUGCACACGAGGCUGCAGGCGCAACUGGAGCACAGCCACAGCAGCCAGCAGAGGCAGGACUGGCUCAGCUCAGAGGUGGACACCUUAAAGCAGUCUUGCUGGGACCUUGAGCAGGCAAUGACUGACCUGCAGAACAUGCUGGAAGCCAAGAAUGCCAGCCUGGCAUCCUCCAACAGCGACCUGCAGGUGGCCAAGGAGCAGUACCAGAGACUCAUGGCCAAGGUGGAGGAGAUGCAGCGGAGCAUCCUCAGUAAGGACAACACAGUGCACGACCUGUGGCAGCAGAUGACAGCCUUGCAGAGCCAGCUGCAGCAGGUGCAGCUGGGGCGCGUGACGCUGACCAGCAAGCUGAAGGCAUCCCAGGCCGAGAUCGCGUCCCUGCAGAGUGUCCGGCAGUGGUACCAGCAGCAGCUCGCCCUGGCCCAGGAGGCCCGGGUCAGGCUGCAGGGUGAGAUGGCCCACAUCCAGGUUGGACAGAUGAGCCAGGUGGGCCUCCUGGAGCACCUGAAGCUUGAGAAUGUGUCCCUGUCCCACCAGCUAACGGAGACCCAGCAGAGGUCCAUCAAGGAGAAGGAGCGCAUUGCUGCCCAGCUCCACGGCAUUGAGGCUGACAUGUUGGACCAGGAAGCUGCCUUUGUGCAGAUUCAAGAGGCGAAGACAAUGGUGGAGGAGGACCUGCAGAGGAGGCUGGAGGAGUUUGAAGACGAGAAGGAGCAACUGCAGAAGAUGGUGGCCUCAGCGGCGGCCCUGGAGCAACAGCUGGAGCAAGUGAAGUUGACUUUGCAUCAGCGAGACCAGCAGCUUGAGGCUUUGCAGCAGGAGCACCUGGACCUUCUGAAGCAGUUCACCUCAACACAGGAAACAUUGCAGAGCAGGGAGCAAGCCCUGGGGGACCUGCAGGUGCACUACGACGAACUGCAGGCCAGGCUGGACAAGCUGCAGGGGGAGGCCACCUCCAGAGACGAUACCAUCCAUUUCCUGCAGAAUGAGAAGAUCAUCUUGGAGGUGGCUCUGCAGGCAGCCCAGAGUGGCAGGGAAGAAUUUGAUAGAGGGGCAAAACGCCUGGGGGGGGCCCAGGACACGUCAGAAACUUUAGAGCAAUUGAGACAGGAAUUAGCCGUCAAGUCCAGCCAGGUGGAGCACCUGCAGCGAGAAGCUGCCUCCCUGAACAAGCAGACGCAGAAAGUGAAGGAACAGUUUCUUCAACAAAAGGUGAUGGUGGAGGCCUACUGCUGGGACACUACCUCCAAAGACCAGCUCACCAAUGAGCUGAAGGCCAUGAAGAAGAGGCUGGUCUUGGAGGUGAAGGAGCUGCAGCAGGAGCUCAUCGAGCUGCAGGGGGAGAAGAGGUCCGUGGAGGUGGAGUGCUCGCGUCUGCAGAAGGAGGUGUCACAGGCCUGUCAGCAGGUGGCAGGUCUGAAAGGGCACCUCCAGUCCAUGCAGAGGGAGCGGGACGAGAGGGAGACGCGCUUGCAGUCUUUGCAGUUUGAUAAAGAGCAGAUGGUUGCUUUCACGGAGGCCAACGAGGUGCUCAAGAAACAAAUGGAGGAGCUGCAGCAAGAAACCACCAGGGCCAUCACUGAACAGAAGCAGAAGAUGAAGCGGCUGGGCUCGGAUCUGAGCAGUGCACAGAAGGAGAUGAAGACCAAGCAUAAUGCCUGUGAGAACGCUGUGGGCAUCCUUAGCCGCCGCCUGCAGGAGGCCCUCACGGCCAAGGAGGCGGCUGAGGCCGAGCUGAGCCAGCUGAGAGCCCGGGCGGCUGACGGCAGCAGCGACCUUGCCCUGCACGAGCGCGUCCAGGCCCUGGAGGCGGAACUGCAGGCCGUCAGCCACAGCAAGAUGAUGCUGGAGAGGGAGCUCCAGGAGGUCAUCGCGCUGACUGGCCAGGAGCUGGAGGAGCAGCGGGAGAAGGUGCUGGAGCUAGAGGACGAGCUUCAAGAGUCCAGAGGCUUCAAGAGGAAGAUAAAGCGCCUUGAGGAGUCAAAUAAGAAGUUGGCUCUGGAAUCAGAGCAUGAGAGAGGGAUGCUUACGGGCCUCGGACAGUCCAAUGCAGCCUUGAGGGAACACAACAGCAUCUUAGAGACGGCGUUAGCCAAGAGGGAGGCAGACCUGGUUCAGCUGAACCUGCAGGUGCAGGCAGUCUUGCAGCGCAAAGAGGAGGAGGACCACCAGAUGAAGCAGCUUGUCCAGGCCUUGCAGGCUGCGCUGCAGAAGUUCCAGAUGACGGUGCAUGGCCUCGAGGAGCAGAUUGCUACCACCAAGGCGGAAGCGGGCCACAACCACCGCCACUUUAAGGCCGCCACCUUAGAGCUGAGCGAGGUGAAGAAGGAGCUGCAGGCCAAGGAGCAGGAGGUGCAGAGGCUGCAGGCUGAGGCUGACGGGCUGCAGGUUCAGGAGGGGAAACGUUCCCAGGAAAUAGCACAGUUCCAGGCAGAGCUGGUGGAGGCCCGGACCCAGCUCCAGCUCCUGCAGAAGCAGCUGGACGAGCAGCUGAGCAAAGAGCCUGUAGGAAAUCAAGAGAUGGAAAAUCUCAAAUGGGAGGUGGAUCAGAAAGAGAGAGAAAUCCAGUCCCUGAAGCAGCAGCUGGACUUGACUGAGCAGCAGGGUAAACAGGAGCUGGACGGAAUGCAACAGUCAUUGCAGAAUAUUAAAUCUGAGCUGGAGAUGGUGCGGGAAGAUCUGUCCAUGACCCAGAAAGAUAAAUUCAUGCUUCAAGCGAAAGUGUCAGAACUGAAGAACAACAUGAAGACACUGCUGCAGCAGAACCAGCAGCUGAAGCUGGACCUGCGGCGGGGAGCCGCCAAGAUGAGAAAGGAGCCGAAGGGAGAAGCCAGCUCUUCCAGCCCCGUGACACCAGUGAAGAUUCCCGACUGCCCCGUCCCGGCCUCGCUGCUGGAGGAGCUGCUGCGGCCCCUGCCUGCUGUGAGCAAGGAGCCUCUCAAGAACCUCAACAGCUGCCUCCAGCAACUCAAGCAGGAGAUGGACAGCCUGCAGCGCCAGAUGGAGGCUCACGCAGUCACUGUGCAUGAGUCACUGUCCUCGUGGACUCAGGGGGACCCCGCCAGCCCCUCCCCCCCGGAAGAUCACGCCAACCCCAGAGAAGACACAGAGCGACACGGCCAGAGCAGGGCCUCGAGAGAGGGACUUGGAAUGGUGACCACCAAGCAUCCGCACCCUGAGUGUUUGUAA